AUGGGUCAUAUUCUUACAUUAUUAAGGCAACAGUUUAAUGACAAUUACAAAAAGAUGUCGAAGGCCACAUUAUGGAAUAACAUAUUAUCAGAUUCUCAAUUAGAAAAAUAUGGUUUAAUACCCGAAGAAGUCUACAAAAAUACAACUUUAAGCUCUGAUUCAUUUCAAACUCUUCAAUCCUUCAAAUUAUCACCAGAAAAUUUAUGUGACGAUGAUCAACAUACAUCUAUGGAUAAUGCAUUAUUGAAGCCAAACUCAGACUAUGCAAAGAAAUGUACUCCAAGAGAAUAUUUAAAACGUUUCAUAUUUCCUAUACUUUUGCCUGCCAUGGAAGCAAUGCUUGAACAAGCUAAACGAAGUCACUGUUUUGAGAAAAAACGUUUCGGAUUCAAUGGAUUGGAUUUUUUAACAUUUUAUUUAUAUAAAAAUAAUCUAUACAUGAAAGAAGAUUAUGAUCGUAAAAAUGUACAACACAUAUUAAAUAUACCAUGGGUUAUUGAAGAAUUGAAAAAACAUCCACGUAAACCAUUACCACUUAGUUUACAAUGGACAGAUGAAGAAGCAGCAAUUAAAUUACAAUCAUAUUGGAGAGGUUAUCUGGUAAGAAAAAUCCCAGAAGUUUGUGAACUUCGACAAUGGCAAAUGGAAUGGAGAAGAUAUAAUCGAUUGAAAGCUAAUCAGCUGGAGUAACUUAAUGUAAAAAAAAAUGUCCUCAAGUUUUUCCACAAAAAAAAAUACCCAACAAAAUACCCAGUUACAACUAUAAUUUGGUAAUCUGUAAUCAGUUCUUAAUUGAUUUAUAGUUACCAGUUAUAAAACAGAAUACUGUGAAAAAUGCAAACGUCGUUCUAUAUUUCACAAUCGCCUGAUUCAUAUACAGAUACACAUGUUUCCUAUACAUUAAUUAUUCUUACUUGCUAUGAGAUUAAGGAGACUGAAAUGAAUAAACGCCGUAAUUAGCUUUAUCCGAUAGUGUGCUUUAUUAAGCAUUUCUCAACUACUGUUCGACCCUGAGAUGGCAUAUAAGCACAGUCAUGUAUCAUGUAUUAAUUUACUUAGUUUUUUACGUCUAUUCAUCGUAGUCAUAAAUAUUUGAUCUUAGAUAUUUUCGAAGCUUUGGGUGUUGCGACUCUGAGAGAACUACCGAAAAAAUAAUUUACAUAAUGGUACAUGUGACUUUAUGGAAAAAAGACUUCAUUCGGCUAAUCACAAAAGAACAUAGAACUGUAAAGAAGCUUAGUAUUAGAAGAGAAAUAAUUUCUCAUGAAAGAUGUGCACACUACAGUAUUAAUGAAUAAUGAAGACUAAAUUAAGGAGUUGAAUAAGCUAGUUCAUAAACCUUCUUUAGUGCGAUAAAUCUCUACUAUCUUACAAAAAUAAUAAAUAAUCCACGACAACAAAACUCUUAUUUUACUUCAAUUGGUACUGUUAAUAAUCUGACAAAAUGUGACACGAUUUGUGAAGUAUGACAUGACAUACAGCUUCGGAUUAUUAUCAAUCAAUUUCCCGAGAUGCUAUUUUAUUGAGUUUCAAACAAAUAUCAGUUUCGUUUAGUGGUUGUAUUGGUAGCAUUUUAAAUGGGCUAGAUAGUAUAGAUAUACAAUUGACCUUUAUCAUACCAAAUCUCUCUUCUUAGUUCCUUGGAAAAAAUAAAAGUGUUUACAUCGAAAUAAAUAUGUCUAACAUGUGACAUCGAAUCAACAAAUUCUAUCCUCCGAGUUCAAUCUUAUUCAAUAUCAUGCCCAGUCAAUCUCUAAUCAAAGAAUCCAAACAUAAAAACUGAUUUACUUUAAAAGUAAGACGAGUUGUUUUCACACUACAGCAAAAAGGCAAUACACUUUCAUAUUCCGAUAUUCAUUAAAAUGGUCAGGAUGAGUAGAACAAUCAUUCAGUACUAGACAAUAUUUAUUUAUUUAAACACAUAAAGAUUGGUACAAGGAGGCACCAGAUACAUAUGCGCCACACAAACCAUUCGAUUUGUGUAAGGGCUGUGAUAUUACCCGGGUACCCAAACCGAAGCAGAUGGUUUUCUUAGGAGGCCACACCCGGAGCCUUCGACCUGAAGGUCUGAUCCACAAGGCAGUGGAGCGAUGUAAGGAGAUACAGUCCCAUGGAAGCCGGUCACCAAUAAUUGAUUCAUACGCCAUUUGUUACCCCAGGAUACUGGAGCCUAUGUGCACCAUUGGUUUGGGACCAGGGAUUUCCAAUUCCCCUAGGUGGACUCUCCGUGUUUAUCAACCCAGUUAAAGUGUGGGACAUUCGCUUUUCGUCCUCUCAAUUUCAUAAAUAACACCGGUGCCACAAGAAGGCAGUGAGUAGAACUUCCCUGACAGUGGUUGUAUUCAUGUGGCCAUAUGAGAGCAUUUCAAGAGGGAGAGCUGACUCUUCCCACUCUCGGCCGUACCAGACGAUACAUAACAAUCGUUCAAUUCGAUUUUGGCAUUUAUAAAUACUAUUUAUUGUUUGGUAAAAAAGAAAACGACCAAAGAAGUAUUUAUGUAAAAUGUUCAUAAAAAUACAGCAAAUUAAAACAUAUUCAUCUAAUUAUAAACAUUAUCGCUUCAGAUACAUUCAAUAAAGCAAACUAUGAACAGUUUUGAGAUUGAACCUGUUAAAUGUAUUUCCUAUAAUAAAUGAUGUGGCGUCUAUUAUUCCAAAAUGUUUUGAAGUUAUAUCACACAUUAUUAUUAUUAUCAAGAAUUGAUACUUUCGUUCAGCAAAUUUAACUUGAUACACAUGUGAUUUUCAUGAAUACUACAUGUUAGAUCCUAUAAAAUUAUACUAUACUACGAUCAUAGCCAACUAUAAAAAUGACAUCGUAAGAUUUUGUUAUUAACCAAUCAGAAUACAUGGGAAGUUUUCUGAGUUUGAUACUGUGUUGAUUUCAGUGACUGUUAUCUGUUUUCCAUGUCUGAACUUUGAUAUUAGUUGGUGAAAUCUGGAUAUGCAUGUUUAUGAUGUUAAAUAACGGUCAUCAAGUGAAGAAGAGAUUUGAUCACAAAUGGGUAAUCAAGUACUGUCAAUUCUUCGGUUCGAUUUAAACCAAAACUGUUGAAAGUAUUCACCGAUAGGAUAGUAUUUAGAUUUGAUAAUUCCAUUGAUAAAUUUAAUGAUACACUAGAUAGUCCCGAUGAUUUUAACUGGAAAAUCAGCUAUAUCCUUUAUACUGUCUAUUAUGGGAUAAAUACUUGAUUGAAUGAGAUUCCAAUGACACGAACUCCAAGGCAUUACAAGUAUUACUGAGAUAACUGUUUGAAGAUUGUUUGGCCUAUCAACUGAAUUAUAUCUAACCACCAAUGAUACUCUGCUAUAUCAUUUUUUGCGUUAAUAUUUUAUAGAUGAUUUCAUUAUUUUACUACAUAGAAUAACCUAGUUUCCUGCUUAGUGAUGUUGCUUUUGAUUGCAAAUCAGUCGAGUGCUUACGUGAUGAGCCAUCCCUCAUUCACACUUUGUAUCACUGCAUAUUUGUCGUUUUAUUUUUAUUUUAACAGUUAUAAAUUUAAUAUCAGAAGGAGUUCUUUGUGGAUAUUAUAGUAAUUCCAAUAGUUGAGAUCAUGGUGGUCUGGCUUCAAUUGACCCAUGAUUUCAACUAUUGAAGUUAUCAAUAUGUUUACCAAAUUACUAGACCUCUGCUCGAUAAAAUCCAGACGUGACUGGUAUAUUGUUGGUAAUUUGUUCAUCCAAUCAUGGCCAAUCUCUAUGGCAGAAGGGGUUUUGUGAAUAUUAUACUAAUUCCAAUAGUUGACAUCAUAAGUCAAUUGAAGCUGGACCAUCAUGGAAAACCUGGAAGUACUGGAUAUGUUGCUCAGGUUCGUCCUAUGCGGGACUCCUAAGCAGUGCGCGCCCACGAUCCCGCCUCACGAGAUUCGAACCCAGGACCUGUCAGUCUAUGUGCUUUCAUCUGGACCAAUUAAUAUCGUGUGAAUCUUUACGCAUAAUUUGUAUACAUGAUCAUUCAAUUUUGGGCAUAAAGCUUCUUAAGAACCAUUCUUAAUUUCUUUUUUCACAUUUGAAUAGCUGAUUGAGUCAAACAUUAAGCAAUGUAUGUAUAUUGUGACCUUAACAAACUAACGUAGAUAAUAAUGGAGUGACUAGCCUGGAAAAUGAGUAUAUCACUUGAGAAAUUAUCUUUGGUUACUUUCAAUAGCUUAUUGAAUAACUCAAGAUGUCUGUAUAUUGUUCAACUUAUCUUUUUUUUCUCACUGUUGCUAAAGUGGCAUUGUAUUUCUGGAGAUUUUGAUUUGUACCAUAAAUGUGAUGUUUUAUUAUUUAUAACAGAUAAUCAAUUUACAAAAAGAGGUUUUUCCGGUUAAUAUUUCAGACGGGGUUUA